UCUAAAUGCAUGAUCAGUCCUGUCAGAUACGCAGGGUAGCAGUCAGUAAAGUGAGAGCUUUGUGAGGGCAGUACAGGGAACGGCAGACCACCAGCAGUGUGUGACUACAGUGUGUGAGAGGACCCUUUUCCUGCCUUAAAGGAACCUAUUGCUGUUUCAUAUGAUGAGUAGGCAACACCUUUCAUUCAUGGAAUCCAGUAGCUUCUCUUUGCUGGUGUUGUUACUCGGCACUCUUGUGGGUCAGUGCUCGCCUGCCUCGACUCCCUGCCCACCUGGACAAGAAUUAAGGGGCAGAAGCUGUGCCGAACGUUGUAUUCAGUUCAGGCCACUGCCUCUCAGGAAGGAUAUGGUGACCUUGGAGGAGGUGCAGCAGAGGUUCAUCAGGACUCAAAAGAUCAGACGAUGACCACAGGUUGCAUAAAGUAUGUUUGUAUUCCCUUGAAUGCAGAAGGAUAAAAGCCACCGAUAUAUGUCUUUCACACUCAUGUCCGCAUGGUUCAAGUUGUCGUGCUAAUAAUGGGAGCACAACGUGCUACUGUGAAAAAGGGUUUCGUUUAUGUAUGACACGUCAAAAUUGUACAUCUGGGCAUCCUUAUUGUAGAGAUGUGAACGAGUGCAAGGAAAUGAGACAAACCUGUGGCACUGGCGCAACCUGUGUGAACACAAUUGGAAGUUAUUGCUGUAUAUUCAACACGGCAAAUGGAACAGAUAUAAGAACCAAAUGCUCAGAGUGCGAACGAAAUUGUUACUUCAGCAAUUCCAACUCGAGACUCUCUGAUCAAAUGUGUAUGAGCAUCUGUCAAAUGGAGGCUUUAUACAAGAACAUGUCAGAGGUCACCAGUCCAUCGGAGCAAGGCAACAAAGGCACACGGUACCUGGAUAAUGAAGAAACCAUUCUGAGGUCUCUCGUCGAAGUUCCAUCGGAACAAAGGGAAGAACGGAAGACAAUGCUGCUCUCUGAAAUCGUAAUAAGGCGUCAAAUACAUCCUGAAGAACCCUUCGUGAUAUCGGCAAUGGGGAACUCCAUGCAAGUCGAUUCAGCUGUAUUUACAGACACGGCAUCUGGAUUAGGUAGACGGAUUCCUGCCGUCGCCUUAAUUGUUCACAGAAACAUGACAAACAUUUUGGGCAGUAAUGCUAAAGUGCAAAAAGACGCAGCCAAACCUGCUCAGCAGAGGAUGGUGCUGAAUUCAGCGGUGAUAACAGCAGUGACAAACAGCAAGCUGAAAACCUUUCGUACCCAUGCUGUAACCUUCACCUUCACCCAUACCAAGGCCAAUGAGGACAAGUCAAAUAUAACCUGUGUCUACUGGAAUCGAACAGCAAAAGGAAGCUUCUGGUCUCCCGAAGGCUGCGAGUUGGUGUUCUCGAACAGAACACAUACAGUGUGCAGAGCAUUUCAUCUUUCCAGCUUUGCUAUACUGAUGGCAUUGAAGGAUCUCCCAGAUGUGUUUGAGGUUGAAGUCAUCACGUACGUUGGAUUGAGCAUCUCGCUGGUGUGCCUGUUACUGACGAUUGCCACAUUUGCCACUUGCCAUUCCGUUAAAGACACAAGACGCAUCAUCCACAUUAACCUGUGCCUAAGUCUGUUCGUCGCUGACUUCGUUUUCCUGGUCGGAAUUUCACAAACGGGAAAUCGGAUUCUUUGUGGAAUCGUUGCAGCCAUUCUCCACUAUUCCUUUCUGUCGGUGUUCGCCUGGAUGUUUCUAGAAGGAAUCCAGCUUUACCUGAUGGUGCAGGUGGUUUUUGCUCCUAAAGUUCCUAUCGAGAGGUUCAUUUAUUGGAUUGGCUACGGGUUUCCAGCUCUGAUUGUGGCCAUUUCAGCAGCAGCUUAUCAUGAAGGAUAUGGUACCAACACGUCGUGUUGGCUUAAAACAGACAAGUGUUUCGCCUGCAGCUUCUUUGUGCCCGCCCUCGUGAUCAGCAUCGUCAAUUUUAUCUUCCUCUGCAAAACAUUAAUGAGAUUGAAAGUGGAGUUGUCAAAGAUCAUUGCUGACAAGAAGAGACUGGGAAGGCAUAGAGCAUUUACACUGACAGCCAUUGGUCAGCUGGUCAUCUUGGGCUGUACAUGGAUUUUGGGUGCGUUUUACAUCCAGAAGGCAACCAUUCCAAUGAUGUACAUCUUCACCAUAUUAAACAGCUUCCAGGGAAUGUUUAUCUUCAUCAUGCACUGCCUGAUGUAUAAGAAGGUGAGGGAUGCCUAUUGCCGAUGUUUUGGAAAGUGUCUGAGGCAAUCGGACAUGUGGACACCAGUUUCCACCUCCAGCCUGAGAACAUUAAACCAGGGAAGGAGAAGUGUCCAAGAAACAGAGUCGACGACAUCUGGUACAGUUCAGUGAUGCUGUGAAUGACUUUUGGUCUGCAUCUUCUCACCAUACUUCAGUCAACACCUACAUGGCUUCAGGUUAUAUCACAUGCUGCCACGCAUUCUUUGAGCACAUGGAGAUCCUUUUGCGCCAGCUCGGGUUACUCAAGGUUGCUUUUCUCACCAUUGUUCUCUAGCGCCUGCUCAUUUUCAAGAAUUGGCAAGGCCCAAAGACAGGUAACCAUAUGUUGAAUGUAGCAUGGGAUCAGCCACCUUACCAAUCACAGUGAGUUCUCCCAGGUGGCUUGGCCAACAUUCAUCCUUCAACCAAUAUCUAAAAACAGAUUUAUUCAAACGUUGUUUUUGGGAGCUUGCUGUGCACACAUUGGUUGUUGGAUUGCCUUCAUUCCAUCAGUGACUGCACUUUCAAAAGUACUUUAAUGGCUGUAGAAUGGCUUAGAUUAUGAAAGGCGCUACCUAAAUGCAACUUCUUUCUUCUAAUGAAUUUUAAAGACUGUCCACAUCUGCAUUGCACUAGAAUCUAUAACAAAGAGUCAUGGUUUACUUUUUUUUUCAUGUUCUUUUUAAAAUGAUGUUAUUUUGCAGUGGGAAUGCUAGCAAAGGGUAAUUUGCGGUUCAGUAGCUGCAGAUGGUACAUCAACAUAAAGAGCCUGCGUGGUGCCAUGUAGCUUGAGGGUUAAAGUCUGUCUCUCUGUUGAUUUUAAUUCAGUUUCCUGGGACUGGGUGAUGGGUGGUGACUAAAAGGCACAAGCCAAUUCUCGAGUAUGCCACUACACCACACCCACUGCCUGGACUACUAACCUCAGAGGUACAUGAGUUCAAACCCCACCGUGGCAAGUUUGAACCUGAAUUAGGUUCAAAAAUCUGGAAAUAUCAGUGACAUGAAACUGCCAGAUUGUCGUAAAACCCAAUCAGUUAAUAAAAGGCCUUUGGGGAGCCAUUCUCACCCGAUCCGGUCUAUCCAUGACUCCGGGAGAAUUACAACAGGGCUGCACCGGUUCAAGAUGAAGGUCCACACAAUCUCCUCAGAACAAUUAGAGUAACCAUUCCAGCAACGCCCAUGUCCUGAGAAUUAAUAAUAAAAAGUUCUUCAUUUUCACACCAGGGUCUACUGGGGGCCUCAUAACACAGGCAAUAGAAGUCCCACGUGUAACAUCCAAACAACCAGUCUUCAUGUGUAAGCCUAUUGAGGAUAGGACCGGGUGUAGGUUAUUCAGCCUCUCAGGCCUGCCUACCCACAUUGGUUCCAUAAUGCUUAGUACCCUUACCUAGGAGGCUAUUCAAAUGAAGAAUUCUUCAUAGCUGGUGUCUGAUGCUUCUCCUAAGAAGAAAGGUUGAAAAGGUUUGGCCCAUUGCAGUUUAGAAGAAUGAGAGGUGAUCUUAUCGCAACAUGUAAGAUCCUAACGGACUUGACAGGGUGGAUACCGGUUUUGCAGCCAUUUUAUCUAUUAUCAUGAAAAUGUGAAAGCUCCACGUAUACUGCAGGUCGACACAGUGGCACAAAGGGCGACCAAGGGAGGAAUAAAAGAGGGAAAGCCAAAAAGGGAGGAAGGCAGAAUUAAUUUGAGAGCCAUGGAGAUACAAUUAUAAGAGAUUAAAAAAUGACUUUUGUCCAUUGGCAGUUGCAGGGGAGACAAAAGGGAAAUUUAAACAAACAGUUUGUGUAAAUAUUAAAGAAUCCGGUACUGAUAGAAUGAGGUUAAAUAUUGGUAAGAAUGUAUAUUUGUAUAAUAGGAAAUUAUCUAUUAAAAUGUUAAUUGUUAUUUCACAGAAAUGCUAAUGAUGUAAACUGUGCCAAUGGGACGGAAUAAAUAUAGAUUUUAAUCUAAA